GUCAGAAGCAGCUUGCAGAGGUGUAAGGAGAAGGAGAACUUUGAGAUUCCAGUGGCUUUCUCCUCUGACCUGCAGUGGAGGCUCCAGAGCUGCUGUGGUAUCGGUCCCUUUCUGGGGGGUCUCAUGAAGCAAUUCAAAGAUGCUGUGGCUUCUGAUCUUCAGAUGCAAAAAGCAAAAGUGACUCUGGACCCAACCCCUGCUGAUUCCAAACUCAUCCUGUCUGAGGAUCGGAGAAGCAUUAAAUGCCACAGUCAAGCUCAAGACCGGCCUGAAGAUCCAGAGAACAUUUAUGUUUUUUCCAUUAUAUAUGGCCGUGAGGGCUUCACAGCCGGCUGCCAUUUCUGGGAAGUCCUUGUGGGAAGUGAGGAUGGCUGGGCGGUGGGGGUGGCCAGAAAGCCUGUGAAGGAUACAUUCACCUUUACUCCUGAGGAAGGGGUCUGGGUUGUGGGGAGGAGUCAGGGCCGGUAUAAGGCUUUCAUAAAGGACAUUAACCAUUCCAUGCUGAGUGGGGAGCUGAAGAGGAUCCGAGUCUCUCUCAACUACGAGGGAGGGCAGGUGGCCUUUUUUGACGCUGACAGAGCACUCCUUCUCUACAGGUUCUCGGGAGCCUCCUUCUCUGGAGAGACCCUCAGUCCCUUCUUUGCUGUGUAUGGUAAAGGCUGCCUCAGACUCUGUCCUUAAGGCCGCCAGAUCUCCCUCGUGGGCUCUGUUGCUGUUGCUCAGGACGACUAAUUUAAACCUUUUCUUGCCCGAGAGCCCCUCUUCUGGCUCUGCAAAAAGCUUCUAGAGGCUGCCAUCCACCCAAAAGUUACUCCAGUGGUGUCUGUUUUCCCUCAUUUUCCCCCCUGAGCACCCUUUUUUUGUUGCCUUAUUAUCUCUUAAAGGGACAGUUGUACAUUAAAUGUCAGAA